AUGCUCUCACGUGUUGCUGCAGUGAAGGCACCCUGCACACACAACCGUCGCGGCGUGACCGGAUCCAGCGGAAGGAGGAGGGAAGGAGGAGAGAGUGAGCCGCAGAGGCCCAACAUGUCCCGGAAUCUCUUCUACUCUGCGGUGCUGCUCCUCCUCGUCGUGAUGAUGUGCUGCAGCACUAGUGGAGCUGCAUCCAGUAAGGACGUGCCGUCAGCUCCGGGAUCUUCAAAGAAGGAAAGUUUUAUUUGGAGAGACGUGAAGGAGGGAGAAAAAGCGGGUUUGCUCCGUGUUCCCAGUCUUUUUGAAAUGAAUGGUGAUUUCUUUGCCGUUGCCGAGGCGCAGUGGAAAGAAAAGAAUGGUAAUGAAGGAGAUUUUACUGGGAUUGCCUCGCAGCUUCUAAAGUUGUCUGAUGGACAAACAAGCAAGGAGUUGGAUAAAAAUAAACUGAAGACACAAGUGCUGGAGGAAUGUUCUGCCAAAAAUAAGGUUUGCGCCUCCCAAGCAGGAGAUCGGGAGGCUUCCCAAAGCCGGACAAAAGUACGUGUGAGCCGACCAACAACAGUUGUGAAGGAAAGUGAUAUUUACAUGCUUGUUGGAAGAUGUAGCCGGACAGCUGCUGGUAAGAAGAGCGGAGCAAAUGACGGGGGAUUAUUGCUGGCUAAGGGGAAUGUCAGUGGUGAGAGCAGUAACAAAAGAAUUUAUUGGAAUGGAAUUGACGCUCUUCAGAGCACUUAUAACACCCAACACGAAUCCUUGACACGGCUGAUUGGCGGCGGUGGAUCGGGUGUUAAGAUGGAGGACGGUACUUUUUUGUUCCCAGUGGAAGCCACGAAGAAGGAUGAAAAGACCGUUUCGCUGAUCCUAUACUCGAAGGAUACUCAGAACUGGAAGCUGUCGAAUUGGAUGUCUGCCGAUGGCUGCAGUGAUCCCUCCGUCGUGGAGUGGAAGGACAAACUCAUCAUGAUGACUGCGUGUGAUUAUGGCCGCCGCAGGGUGUACGAGUCCGGUGACAAGGGGGAUUCGUGGACGGAGGCACUCGGGACACUCUCGCGUGUGUGGGGCAACAAACACGAUGAAAACGUGAAGCUCGUUAGAGGCGGGUUCAUCACAGCGAAGAUUGAGGACAGGGACGUGAUGCUCGUUACUCUGCCGGUGUAUGCCAAUACUGAGAGCGAAGAAAAGGAAAAGGAAAAGGGUGAACUCCAUCUUUGGCUGACGGAAAAUACGCACAUUGUUGAUAUUGGGCCGGUAUCCGGUGAUGAUGAGGACGCUGCCGCCAGCUCCCUGUUGUACAAAAGUGCUGAAGGUGAAGAUAGGAAGGAGGAGUUGAUUGCGCUGUACGAGAAUAAGAAGGGCGAUGAGGAGAAAUCACUCGGCAUGGUCUCUGUGCGUCUGACUGAUCAGCUGCAGCGUGUAAAGGAUGUGCUGGCGACCUGGAAUAAAGUGGACGAACGUGUCUCUCAGCUGUGCCUCAAUUCACUUUCUCAGAAGGGUCUUUCAACUCAGAGUGUCUGCACUGGUAAGAUCACGGCUGGGCUGGUUGGCUUUUUGUCGGGCAACUUCUCUGAUAACACAUGGAGGGACGAGUACCUCGGGGUGAACGCCACGGUAGCGGAGAAAGAUGGGGCGCAGAAGGCGGAUAAAGGAGUAACAUUUAAAGGACGUGGCGCAGGGGCGGAGUGGCCUGUUGACGCGCAGGGGGAGAAUCAGCUGUACCACUUUGCGAACUACAACUUCACUCUUGUGGCGACGGUGUCCAUCGACAAGGUGCCGGAGGGUGAUAACACUAUUCCUUUGAUGGGUGUGAAGAUGAAGGGUGAACAAGAGAAACUUUUUGGGUUGUCGUACGAGAAAGAAAAUAAGUGGCAGCUGCUGUGCGGUGACGCAACAACUAAUUCUGGGGAGCUCAGCAGCAUUGGGGAACCGGAGACAACACACCAUGUGGUAAUUUUGCUACGGAACGGCAACCAGAGCUCUGCGUACGUCGACGGUCAGCGUGUGGGUGGGGAUGCGCCAUGUACAUUGGGAAGCACGGAUUUGAGGGAGAUCUCCCACUUCUACAUUGGAGGCGACGGAGUCAGCGCAGAGGACAAAGAAAGCCGAGAAGGCGUGUCUGUGACCGUGACGAACGUCCUGCUUUACAACCGUCCGUUGGCAUCCGAAGAGAUUGCGGAGCUUGCCAAAAAUAAAAUUACUAUUACGAAGCCGGAAGAACCGAAGAAAUUGACGACACGUCCUCGUUCACCAGCGGUAAGUGCAACAGGUGUGGAGGGAACCGUUUCCUUGUCCAAUGCUGCCGGGCAACAGCCGUCGGAACACGAACCGUUGACGGCGAAUAUUGGUGCUGGCGUUUUAUCCAGUGCAACUUCCAUUGCUACGACUCCCUCGCCUGACGCCGACCCAACGGUGGUGACAGUGGGUGGAGAAACGGUUCAGGGAGAUGGAUCACUCCAAACUCCUGGGGUGAGCGUGAGCUCUGGUGCGGAUGGGGAGACGGCGGGAGGAACGGAUGCGCAGCAGGAGGGAAUCCAUGCACAGGCCGGGGAAGUAACUGCCACGGCACUCAACAGCAGCCUUGGAAAUGUGUCGCAGGGGAAUAACACCGAUGCCGGCACUGUGCGUGGAAGCGGACUACUGCCGUCGCUGCUUCUUCUGUUGGGACUGUGGGGGUUUGCGGCUGCGUGA